AUGUCUUCAGGAUUAGUAUUACCGUUUACUACUACUACUACUACUACUACUACUACUACUACUACUACUACUACUACUACUACUACUACUACUACUACUACUACUACUACUACUACUACUACUACUACUACUACUACUACUACUACUACUACUACUACUACUAUUACUACUACUAUUACUAAUGAUAAUAAUAAUGUGUUUUCUGCUUUUAUUAUUCAUUCAUUUAACAAGUCAACAAUUUAA